AAGAGAAUCGAUUUCAACAGGGUUCUCAUUCUCUGGCCUCGGCGGUUUGCUGGAGUGUCUACGAAAUUGGGAGACAUCCAGACAUACAGAAAAGAAUUCACCGGGAAUUGGAUGCGGUAUUCGAAAAUACAGAAAGAAGAAUAAAUAAAAACGAUUUACAAAGCCUGACUUAUUUAGAAUGCGUCAUUAACGAAGUCCUGAGGUUGUAUCCGUCGGUACCUUUUACCAUUAGAGGGUCGCACGAAAAUCUACAAUUGGGUAAAGAAAUCUUUUCCGAGGACACGGUUUACCUCGUCAGCAUCUUUCACCUGCACCGAAACCCGGAAGUUUUUCCCCGUCCUCGUACCUUCGAUCCGGACAGGUUUCUUCCCGAAAAUUGUAAAUGCAGAAGUCGCUAUUCGUUUCUUCCUUUUUUAGCAGGAGUCAGACAUUGCAUCGCAAAUCGUUACUCGAUGAUGGAGAUUAAAAUCUUUCUCGUUACACUUUUUAGAAACUUCACCAUCGAAACCUUUUCUAAAGAAAUUUUACCAAAAAUGUUUCACAUUUCGUUGACCACGGCAGAACCCGUCUUGAUCAAAGUCUGUCCAAGAAUAAAGAAACGAUGAAAGCAAAUUUCUCGUAUCUUAAUAAGUUCCGUACGUGAUGGAAGAACGAAUUUAAUAUCAUCCUCAAUUUUUCAUCCGAUGACGAUUUAUAUUCAACGUAUUAUUAAAAUAUUUUUAUUGUCG